AUGGACAGGGUCAGGAACCUGGUCAGGAGAUCUAACGGUUCCCGAGCAAAUCGGGAAAACAAUGCCUCUGUUUUAAGGGAUCCAGUCGCUAGCGAUAGCGACCAAGCGACUUUAGUGGAGAGCAAGAGAUCAGAUGAGCGUCGGUCGCAUAAUGAAGAGGGCGUUACCCUUCAGAGAAGGAAUUCAGAGACCAGUACCAUUGGUGAUUUAAGGGUCUCAGGGUUCGUCAACCGUUGCCCUCUUUUUCACGACCUACGUCACAUAGUAUUCGCAAGCACGGUAAUGGGUAAGGGCUUCUACGCGUUCCCCAGCAUCGAGUCGUUCCAGAAAUUCCGUGAGAAUAAGCGGCGUCUUGAUGAGCUGCAUGACGAGCAAGCGCUUGGAUUCCCGCUGUUUCACGCCGUGCCUGUGAACGUGUUUCGCACGAUCAUCAAAAGAAGCUUGCCAAUGAUGAAGAUCUACCGCUUUGUGCUUGUGGACACGAGUGUCCCAGGCGAGGCUGAGAAGUAUCAGGAGAACGAGACAUGCACGCUGAUGGCGCAGCUGGGAGCCACCUGUGUUUACAAGCUUGAGUUCUGCCAAGUUUACCAAAGAAUCCACACGAAUACGAGCUUUGUAGAGUACAAGUUUACAUUCCGCAUCGACAAUCGGCCAGAAAACAAUCUUUUCUCCAUGAGGAUGGUCAAUCACGUUCACCGCCGAGAUACAGACUCGCGGAUCAACGACCUGAAUCUGCGGUGGUUGGGUACUAGUGGGUUGGCAUCGCCAUUCGGCUCAGGCACCUUCCAGUUGGCAGUGCUAGACGAUGGCAUUGCCUCUUACCUCGACGAGCUGCCUGGAAGCUCGCGCGAGCAGCUCGGAAGGGCUGCUGAUCAGCCGCGUUCCCCGUGGCAGAUGCCGGUGUGGGCCACUUAUAGUGAUGGAAAGGCUACGUUCAUUCCUAAGAAAAGAACUCUUAGAGUCGCAGACUUCAAAAUUAAAGAGCUUGCUCAGUGUUGCCAAGGGUUGCAGGACGUUCCCUGGGACACACUGGUUCUUACCUGUAUGUGCAUGGUCCUACACGAUCUUGAAGCCCGCAAAGAUCGCAGAUCAAUGAAUGUGACAGCUGGAAACGAUAUGGCCCUUGCAAGCUUUUCCUUCAUGUAA